GUGGCCGGAGGCGGAGGGUUCACAAGGGAGCUCAGCCAAACAGCAUCAUAGGAGGACAGACCAGGAGCACCGUCCUCUGAGAAAGUGAGCCCGUCUGGAGAGUUCCUCAGACCGGGGAGCGCGAAGAGGGACUGAGAAGAACUUUCAAGGCUUGCCAUGGCAGAGGCAGAAGCAGCCCAGCUGAAGGAGGAAGGGAACCGGUAUUUCCAGCUACAGGACUACAAGGCUGCAACCAAGAGCUACAGCCAGGCCCUGAAGCUGACCAAGGACAAGGCCCUGCUGGCCACGCUCUAUCGGAACCGGGCAGCCUGUGGCCUGAAAACGGAGAGCUAUGUUCAGGCAGCCUCAGAUGCCUCAAGAGCUAUCGACAUCAACUCCUCGGACAUCAAGGCUCUGUACCGGCGGUGCCAGGCACUGGAGCAUCUGGGGAAGUUGGACCAGGCCUUCAAGGAUGUGCAGCGCUGUGCCACCCUCGAGCCACGGAACCAAAACUUCCAGGAGACCCUGAGGAGGCUCAACACCAGCAUCCAGGAGAAGCUUCGUGUGCAGUUCUCCACAGACUCGAGGGUACAGAAGAUGUUCGAGAUCCUCCUAGACGAAAACAGUGAAGCUGAUAAGCUGGAGAAGGCUGCCAACAACCUCAUUGUCCUGGGGCGUGAGGAAGCGGGGGCUGAGAGGAUCUUCCAGAACAAUGGAGUGGCUCUGCUGCUGCAGCUUGUGGACACCAAGAGGCCCGAGCUGGUGCUGGCGGCUGUGCGGACCCUGUCGGGCAUGUGCAGUGGCCACCGUGCAAGGGCCACAGUGAUUCUCCAUGCAGUUCGGAUAGACAGAAUCUGUAGCCUCAUGGCCGUGGAGAACGAGGAGAUGUCUCUGGCCGUCUGCAACCUGCUCCAGGCUAUCAUCGACUCUCUGUCAGGGGAGGACAAACGAGAACACCGAGGGAAGGAGGAAGCGCUGGUUCUAGACACCAAGAAGGACCUGAAGCAGAUAACCAACCACCUACUCGACAUGCUGGUCAGUAAGAAGGUAUCUGGCCAGGGCAGGGAUCAGGCCCUGAACCUGCUCAAUAAGAACGUCCCCAGGAAGGACCUCGCCAUCCACGACAACUCACGCACCAUCUAUGUGGUGGAUAACGGCCUGAGGAAGAUCUUGAAGGUGGUGGGGCAGGUUCCAGAUCUGCCAUCCUGCCUGCCUCUGACUGACAACACCCGCAUGCUGGGUUCUAUCCUCAUCAACAAGCUCUACGAUGACCUGCGCUGCGACCCCGAGCGCGAUCAUUUCCGCAAGAUCUGUGAGGAGUACAUCACGGGCAAGUUUGACCCCCAGGACAUGGACAAGAACGUGAUUGCCAUUCAGACCGUGUCGGGGAUCCUGCAAGGCCCCUUUGACCUGGGCAAUCAGCUGCUGGGCCUGAAAGGUGUGAUGGAGAUGAUGGUGGCGCUGUGCGGCUCGGAGCGUGAGGUGGACCAGCUGGUGGCCGUGGAGGCCCUCAUCCACGCCUCCACCAAGCUCAGCCGCGCCACCUUCAUCAUCACCAAUGGCGUGUCCCUGCUCAAAGAGAUCUACAAGACCACUAAAAAUGAGAAGAUCAAGAUCCGCACGCUGGUGGGACUCUGUAAGCUUGGGUCUGCAGGUGGUACAGACUAUGGUCUCAGGCAGUUUGCUGAAGGGUCGACAGAGAAGCUGGCCAAACAGUGUCGCAAGUGGCUGUGCAAUGCGUCCAUAGAUACCCGGACCCGGCGAUGGGCAGUGGAGGGCCUGGCCUACCUCACGCUGGAUGCUGACGUGAAAGACGACUUUGUCCAGGACAUCCCUGCCCUGCAGGCCAUGUUUGAGCUGGCCAAGACCGCGGACAAGACCAUCCUGUACUCAGUGGCCACCACCCUGGUGAACUGCACCAACAGCUAUGAUGUGAAGGAGGUCAUCCCGGAGCUGGUGCAGCUCGCCAAGUUCUCCAAGCAGCACGUGCCCGAGGAGCACCCUAAGGACAAGAAGGACUUUAUAGACAUCCGUGUGAAGCGGCUUCUGAAGGCAGGUGUCACCUCCGCGAUGGCCUGCAUGGUGAAAGCCGACAGUGCCAUCCUCACCGACCAGACCAAAGAGCUGCUGGCCAGGGUAUUCCUGGCACUGUGUGAUAGUGCAAAAGACCGAGGAACCAUUGUGGCUCAAGGUGGUGGCAAGGCGCUGCUUCCCCUGGCUUUGGAGGGCACAGACGUGGGCAAGGUGAAGGCAGCCCAUGCUCUGGCAAAGAUCGCCGCCGUGUCCAAUCCAGACAUUGCCUUCCCAGGAGAGCGAGUGUAUGAGGUGGUGCGGCCCCUUGUGAGUCUGCUAGACACACAGAGGGAUGGGCUCCAGAACUACGAGGCUCUCCUGGCCCUCACCAAUCUGUCCGGGCGGAGUGACAAACUCCGCCAGAAGAUCUUUAAGGAGAAGGCCUUGCCAGACAUUGAGAAUUACAUGUUUGAGAAUCAUGACCAGCUGAGACAGGCGGCCACUGAAUGCAUGUGCAACAUGGUGUUAAACAAGGAGGUACAGGAGAGGUUCCUGGCCGAUGGGAAUGACCGGCUGAAGCUGGUGGUGCUCCUCUGUGGGGAGGAUGAUGAGAAGGUGCAGAACGCGGCCUCAGGGGCACUGGCCAUGCUAACGGCGGCACAUAAGAAACUGUGCCUCAAGAUGACCCAAGUGACAACUCAGUGGUUGGAAAUUCUCCAGAGGCUUUGCCUGCAUGACCGACUGUCUAUCCAACACCGAGGCCUGGUCAUUGCCUACAACCUGCUGGCAGCAGAUGCUGAGCUGGCCAAGAAGCUGGUGGAGAGUGAGCUCCUGGAGAUUCUGACUGUAGUGGGCAAACAAGAGCCAGAUGAGAAGAAGGCAGAAGUAGUUCAGACAGCCCGGGAAUGUCUCAUCAAGUGCAUGGAUUAUGGCUUCAUUAAACCAGUAUCUUAGACAGGGGCCCACAGGGCUGCUGGGGCUUGUUCUGUACUAUGAAAAGUCCUAAGUUGGGAACUCCUAGGGUGUCAGUUCAGCUAGGGAUCAUAGCAAUGACAAUGAAGUCUCCAUAGAAAAGAAAGACUUGAUUGUUCCUUGAAUUGUCAACCUUCCUCUUUUCCCUGGGGAAGUUUGGAUGUUUCACUGCCUCUCUUGCUCCUUAUCUCUUACAUCUAUCAUGUUCUAGAAAUUCCUAGAAUAAUUUUCAUCAGUGAUUUAGAAGACAGUUGGAUAAAUCUUUCUGUAUCCAUUCCCAAAGCCAGGACAAUAGGCUGAAUUCUUUGUAUUUUGGAAAAUGGAUUGUGUGGUAAGGUAGGACCUAAUGGGUGUUUGAAUAUAAAGGUUUAAUGCUGAUCUAACCGGAAGUUGAGCUGUGCUGUUUUUCAUAGCCUUUCCCCAUACUGUUUGAGUAAGACUUCCUGGAACUGCAUGUUUUAGCUGCAGGGCCCACCCCAUGCCCAUUCCCAUCACUCAACUGUGAUGGAAAUACAGUUUAUGUUCAACA